GCUCAUCAAGAAGGACUUGGCUGCUUUCAAAAAUGGAAUUGGCAAAGAUGUAAUACAGGCUGCCAAGGACAGGGGUACUUUCUACCAAAUAAUCAACCAUAAGUUAUACAGAGAAAAGAAUUGCAUGUUUCCCAGCAGAUGUAGUGGUAUUGAACAUUUCAUUUUGAAGGUAAUUGACAAGCUACCAGACCUAGAGAUGGUGGUAAACACAAGAGACUGGCCGCAGGUCGAUUACCGAUUUGGAAGAAAGUUACCUGUCUUUUCCUUCAGUAAGACUUCCACGUACCUAGAUAUCACUUAUCCUGCCUGGACCUUUUGGGAAGGGGGACCCGCCAUUGGCCUGUACCCCAUGGGGCUCGGCCGGUGGGACCUACUGCGGAAAUCUCUCCGCACGGCCUCGGAAAAGUGGCCCUGGGAGGUCAAGGAGAGUAAGGGGUUCUUCAGGGGUUCUCGUACAAGUGCCGAGAGGGACCCUUUAGUCUACCUUUCCCGAGAAGAUCCUGACCUUGUUGAUGCUCAGUACACCAAGAACCAAGCCUGGAAAUCAGAUGCUGAUACUCUUUAUGCACCACCAGCAAGUGAAGUCCCUCUAGAACACCACUGCCAGUACAAGUACCUGUUCAACUUCCGUGGGGUUGCUGCCAGCUUUAGGUUCAAGCACCUCUUCCUAUGUCGAUCCCUUGUAUUUCACAGUGGUGAUGAGUGGAUUGAGUUCUUCUACCCUAGGAUGAAGCCGUGGGUCCAUUACAUCCCUGUCAGAGCGGAGGCAUCCAAAGAGGAAAUUAGGAAACUCCUGGAAUUUGCUAAGGAAAAUGACAAUGUAGCCUUGGCAAUAGCAGAAAGGGGCUACGAGUUCAUACGAGACCACCUUAGGAUGAAGGAUGUGCUGUGCUACUGGAGGAAGCUGCUGCAGUCCUAUGCAGAACUCCUUCAGUACAAGCCAGUCAAGGAGGCCGGAGUGUUCGAAGUUAGACCCAGAAUGUAGAUUACUUUGUACCUGAUAACUGUAGGUCUGAUUGUGUGAUCAGUAUGAGCACACUAAAUGGACCCGACUCCUUCAUUUCCGUCCAUAGAUCAAGCAUAUAGAGAAUCGAAACUAUUACAUGUCGAUAUAUUGAUUUUUA